UGCGAUUGGAAACGACACUGUAUGGUCUAUCUUGUUUGUUUAUAAAAAAAUCUUUGCUGCAAUGGCUUCCGUGGAGUCGCAACCACGGUUUGGUCAAUCUGUCAAAGGAUUGUUGUCUGAUAAAGUGGGCUCCUGCAGCGGGGAUGUGAUCGCCCUGACUCGCCAGGUGCUAAAGGGAUCACGGAGUCAAGAGCUUCUGGGACAGGCUGCCAGAAACAUGGUCAUUCAGGAGGACGCCAUUCUGCACUCAGAGGAUAGUUUGAGAAAAAUGUCCAUCAUCACCACCCAUUUGCAAUAUCAACAAGAGGCCAUCCAGAAGAAUGUGGAACACUCCAAAAACCUUCAGGAUCAACUGAGGCAUUUACUGAAAUGAAGUGUCUGCACCGAGACACUUAAAUGAAAGACUAUGAGCUGCUCCUGUCUGUUACCAUGUUGCUUCUUCUGAGAAAAUAUGUGCAGACCCCCCCCUCCCCCCCCCUCCCUCUCCCUGCUGCAACCUUGGGACAACAUUUCCCGGGAAGCCCAAUUCCUCAUUGAAACUAGUGGAGAACCCCCCUUACAAUGAUCUCAAACUGUGUUUUUAAUACACAAUGAAAUUAAACACAGACUACCCCUUGCUAAUCAGAACUCUCAGGUAUGUUGUGGUGGGCUGUCAUUACAAUUGCUUCACAGGAACCUAACCAGCUGAGCUAACAAUGUAACAAAUGUAUAACAUAAUCCAACAGGCUCCACAUUACAAGAAUCGCAGUACCCCCUGGUGCAUUGUUCAUUUAUUUAGCCAUUUAAUCAAUUUUUGAAGAAAAAUCUAAUUUUUCCACUGCUUUCAUGUGUUUUGAAAUGAGAGCUUGAAUAAAGUGUCCCACUCCACAGCAGUUGCUUUCCAUUGGAGCACUGCGAUUGGUUGGCCAAAACUCUGGGGCGGUGCUUGGCGAAGGGUAAAUUCUAUCAGAAUGUUCUCUAACAUUGCACCUUCCUGAUGUAGCCCCUGGCCUUUUGGACUGGAGGCUGGCCUGGAAGUCUCCCUAGGUACAUGCUGUUCUUAAGAAUAUGCAUACCAGCAUAUGGUGCUCUUACCCUGCAUAUUAGUGACUCUUAUUUAUUAAAGCCCUACUCCAGUCUC